GUUUAUAAUUAGUCCUCUCAGCAUCAACUUACAAUAGACUGCAUUUAUACACAUUUUAUAUCUCAACGAAAAUAACAAUAUUUUAAACAACAAUAACAUUAAUAAUAAUUACACAAAAACCGCAAAAAAUAUAUUCACACAUAAAUUUUAUCAAACUCACUACAUUAUAUAUAAUAUAAAUUCACUUACACAUAAAAUAUAUUUAAUUUUAUUUAUUUUAUUUAUUUUAUUUAUUUAUUUAUUUAUUUAUUUAAAUUUUAUUUAUUUUUAUCACAAUAAUUUUUAUUUAAAUAUCAAUCAAAUUUUAAUAAUUAUUUUAAAAAACAACAACAACAAUUUUUAUUAUUAUAAUAAAAUUUUAAAACAAUAGUAUUUAUUUUUAUAAAUUAUAUAAAACAAAUAAUAAUAAAAAUGGAAGGUAAUUUAAUGAAUUCAGAAAUCAGUCCAUCUUUCGCUAUGAAAAUCAAUGGUUACAACGCUAACGAUAUCUGGGGUGGAAAUAUUGAAGACAUCAAUCCAUCAUCAACUCCAUUAAUGUCAUGUCCAAUGCGUCACCAAAUAAUUAGACCAGCCACAACUACCGAAGAAUACUAUAAUUUCGAUUUUAGAAUGGGUGCCCCAAUUGUUGGAGUUGAAUUAUAUGCCACCCCAACUUUAACCCAUGGCUAAAUUAGAUAAUAAUACAAAAAAAAAAAAAAAAAAAAACAACAAAAACUUUAUAAAUUAACAUUUGGUAUCAAAUUUAAUUUUAACAUGUAUAUAUCAAUUUUAUUUAUUUUAAAAUCAAUAUAUAAAUAUAAAAUUAAAUCUUUAAAAUAGAAAAUAAAAAAUAAAAAAAAAAAUUUUCGAUUAUGU